UGUCGCUGAAAGCUCGCGCCGCGAAGCCUCCGAGCGUCAGCGGCGGCGUCGCGCGACCGGCCGCCUCGCGUCAGUGCCGGCCCGGCCGCGCCAUCGACAGCACGCCUACAACACGCUCUCUCCGCCACCACACCGCCACACCGCCUGCUGGACAGUGACACUAACUUUGCAUACCACCGCUGCCAUCCAUCCCAGUGGACGCGAACAUUUGCAUUCCUUACCAGAGACGGGCGGCGGCAGAUGGAUCGGCGGCGCGCGGCGGGGGCGCUGCUUGCGCUUGCCGCGUGCAUCGCGACAACAGCGGGGGCACCGACGGCUAGCAAUCACACGGCGUUAGAUUUAUACGAUGAGCACACGGAAGGUUGUUACUACAACUUUCAACACUAUGGCGAGGGUGACAGAAUAAUGACGAACGAACCCUGCCUGAACUGUACCUGCCACAACCGGAUGCUUAUGUGCUACCUGAGGGUGUGUCCCUUCACGAAAGCCAUCGGACAAGAUUGCACAGUGGAGAAACGAGCAGAUCAGUGCUGCCCCAUCGUCACGUGCCCUGACGUUCCAGUUGACCUGCUCACAUCGACGUCGACCUCGUCUCCAGCUGAGUAUGGAGGCACUGGUGUCGGCAAAGUGGACAACUAUGGAUGUACGCUCAAUGGCAAAUAUUUCCCCGAAGGCUCCAAGGUGCCAGCGACACCCAACAAGCCCUGUGAACAUUGCUACUGUAUUCGAAACAUGACGACUUGCGUUAUGCAAGAAUGUACUCUUCACGUCGACGGAUGCACUCCAAUUUACCACAAAGACGUGUGCUGCCCUGUACGAUACUUCUGUGAUCACCCUGAAGAUGAAAUACCGUUACUUGAUGACAUGACCACUACAGUGCGGCCGACGCCUGGAUUCCUGUUGACAACGAUAGCACCAACAGAAAUCACCACAACACCGCCACCUGCUAGGAAGGAUUGCGUUGAAAAUGGACAACUGUAUGAGGACGGUGCUUUAAUUAAAACGGAUAAACCAUGUGAACAUUGUUAUUGCAUGAAAGGUGAUAUCGUCUGCGUCGUACAAGAAUGUGGUACGCCUAUGGAAAACGAAGGCAAAAACUGUACUUCUGUGCCUCCACGUGCAGGCCAUUGCUGCCCUGACACAUACAUUUGUGAAGGUGAUGAGCUUACUCCAGGACCUACAACAGAACUGCCUUUCGAAGAAUCAACAACAAUGUUACCUUCUAGAAGAGUAAGUGUUGAAGGUAGUGGAUAUAGAAAUGAUGAUGAAAUUACCUUAAUGCCAACAUUUGCUACGGAUAUUGAAGGCAGUGGAGAGGAAGAAAUACCUGAAAAACCGCUAAGCACAAGUCAACCAGAUAUCGACACAACAGAAUUAGAUGAAAAACUUGGACUAACAGAACAAGGAGAGUUCAUUCCGAAAACUACACAGACUCCUGUUUCUGAUGAAACUGCAAAAUUAACGACAGAACCUGAUAAGUAUCUUAAUACAGUGCCAAGUGAUCAUGAUGAAGGAGAAAGUACUGAAUCUUCUGUAAAAGAGAAAACUACUUUACCUGACCAAGCGAAGAUUACAGAAUAUAUAACUAGUGAAGAAAUUACAACCCCUAAAGUUGAAGGCGAAGCAAGUGGUGCACCACCAACAGAAAUAGAUGAAACCCCUGUAAUUGAAAUGAAACCAACAGAAUCAACGUUACUCGAGGAACAAAGUACUUCAGCUACUACUAAAUUAGAAGAAGAAAGUACUGAAUCGUCGAUCAAAGAAACUACACCUAAGAGUGAGGAAAAGGUAACAGAGUUACCUGUCUUACAUGAAGAUGAAACUCAAGUUCCACUCGUUGAAUCUGCAACGACUGAAAAGACAGAAACGUUUACAGUAACGGAUGGUUUUGAGGCUACUGAGCAGCCACCAGUAACCGAACAAGAACAAGCAGCAACUACUACAAGUGAAAUAGUACAUGAAGAAAGUUCUCAACCUUCUAUUGUAACUACAACACAAAGCGAACAAGUUACUGAAACUGAUUUGAAGGAAACAAGAGGAACGUCAGCUAAAGAUGAGGUAACAACAGAAAAAAUGGCAAUUGCAGAACAAGAAACUACAUCUAGCGAAAUUACCGAAGAAGUUAGAACCGAGCCAACUAUCCUAGAAAGUACGCCAAGAGAUAAACUGGAUGUUACUGAAUCUGUCUUGAUUAGUGAACAAAGUACAGUUUCAGAGAAAGAAAGUACUGAACCAUAUGUUUACGACAAAACUACACCUAGUGACGUCACAGAGACGCCAAUUAUUACACAAGAAGAGACCAUGACUAGUGCAGUACCUGAAAAGGAAAGUAGUGAACCUUCUAUUUUAGAAAAGACUACUGCAAGAACUGAUCUUGAAUCAACAGAAUCACCCACUGCGGAGAAAGAACAGCCAGAUAGGCCAGAGUCAUCAACGAAGGUUCCUAAACUUGAAGAAGAUGCUGUAACCACUGAAUCACCUCACAGGAGACAAGAUGAUGAAACUUCAGCUUUCACAGAAAGCGUUACACAAAAGGAUACUGACAUACCGAUUACCGUGGAAAUGGACGUAACUAAAGAAAUUGUUACUCCUAGUAGUGAAACUCCUAUAAGGCAACCAAUUGAACAUGACUUAGAACGAACAACUACCCAGAUACCAGAACAAGACGUAGAGGAAAAGACGACACAGUUGAAGGAAACAACAACUGAACCUAUUAUGGAAUUAUCCACGUUUGCUCACGUCGAUGACAAAGAAUCAUCUGCCUCUGUUGCUCCUGAAAGUGAGAUUACAUCUGCUACUGAUAAACAGGAGCUACCAGAAGCUACUACAAUUAACCCAGAAGAUAACGAAAUUGAUGAAGAGCAAUCUCCAGGCAGAAUUCCUGGCGAAGGUGAUUGCCUCCUCGAAGGUGUAACCUACAAAAAUGAUAGCGUUGUACCUAGUUCCAAUAAGUGUCACUCUGGUUGUAAAUGCGUCAGUAGUAUCAUAAAAUGCGAUCCGAUAAUAUGUAGUCCACAACCUGAAUAUAUGGACAACUGUCAAUUAAGAUACGAUACACCAGAAUCCUGUUGUCCUACGUAUGUGUGUGAUCAUGGUAAAGAAACAAUUCCACCACAACCACACAGUCAAAUGUCCGGUACAGAGAGUCCCAUGCAGUCUACUUCAGUGGAAUGUAGUGGCGAUCAAUGCGGAGCUAUUGACGUCCAACCAACAACCGAAGCAUCCAAAAUACCUGAAAGAAUCGGAGAUACUGAUUGUGGAAGCAAUGGCUGCAAUGAUACUCAAUUAUUAUUACCUGAGACUCCAGAAGAAUGUAUCGGUGCCAAAUGUACACAACCAGCAGAAAGUUGCACUGAUGGUAAAUGCGAUUUACCACUCCCACCAAUUAAGGAACAAGAAAUACCUUCCAAAGAAAUUUCUAAGCCAUGCGAUAACCCCGAAGACUGCAAAUCAACUCAUGUUCCAACACCGUGUGAUAAUGAAUCAUGCACUACUAUACAGGGACAAACUUGUGACAAAGAAGGCGGUUGCGAAACACCAUCAGUCUCGCCGUGUGAAGGAGAUAACUGUGGAAUUAAACCAGACAUUGCACCAGAUACAGCUGCACCAGAUACGGUUGCACCAGAUACAGCUGCACCAGAUACAGUUGCUCCAGAUACAGCUGCACCAUACACAGUUGCACCAGAUACAGCUGCACCAGAUACAGCUGCACCAGAUACAGUUGCACCAGACACAGCUGCACCAACUACAUUUGCACCAGAUACAGCUGCACCAGAUACAGCUGCACCAGAUACAGUUGCGCCACAUACAGCUGAACCAGAUACAGUUGCACCAGACACAGAUGCACCACAUACAGUUGCACCAGAUACAAUUGCACCAGAUACAGUUGCACCAGAUACAGUUGCACCAGAUACAGUUGCACCAGAUACAGCUGCACCAGACACCGUUGCACCAGAUACAGCUGCACCAGAUACAGUCCCACCAGAUACAGCUGCGCCGGAUACAGUUGCACCAGAUACAACUGCACCAGAUACAGCUGCACCACAUACAGUUGCACCAGAUACAGUCGCACCAGACACAGUUGUACCAGUUAAAGAUACGGCUACCUGUGAGAAUAAAGAGGACUGCAAAGAAAUUCAAGAAGUUCAGCCCCCAUGUGAAGGUGACAGUUGUGCAGUGGCACCAGACUCCACGCCAUCCAAAGACAUACCUCAACCAUGUGAAAAUGAAGAGGAAUGCAGGCGAGUUGAAAUCCCAGUCACAGCUACCGAAGUCAAAGAAGACUGUAGUAAAGGAGAGUGUAAAAUUACGACUUCACCAGUACCAGAAAAAGAUCUUUGUACUGGACAAGACGACUGCAAAACCCCAGAAACUCCAGAAAAAACGUCUGCUGACUGCAAGGAUGGAAAAUGUGCAGAAAGUGAAGAUAAAAUUGUACCUGUAUGCACCGGUGAUGAGUGCAUGCAACGAGAACCUGUAUCCCCCACACAGACCACUGCGCACCCUGAGCCAUUAAGCACUGAAACCCCUGAAAGUGAACAAACAACUAGUUCAUCAUUUGUUACUAAAGAAGGAGAAGACCAUACGACAUUACCUGAAAUAGCUUCAUCUGAAGUAACACCUGAAGAAAAGGUAACCGAUCAACCUGGACAUGAGACUCCUGUGGCAGACGAAGAAGACAAAGUAACAAAGGCUCCAAUGGAUGAAAUUACUACACUUACACCAGAUCUGUCAUCUGAGGGCUCCGGUGAACCAAUAGAUAAAGAAGAAGAAAUGAAGACUGACAUAACAACAGAAGUCCCUGCUACUGAACACGUUAGUACAACUCCAAAAUCUGAAGGCGAAGGCUUGGUCACGGACAAAUUUGAUAUACCGGUGACAGAACCACAACAGGUAACAGAAACUAAGCCAGUUAUCAUGGAGACUGAAAGUCCACAACAAGUUACUGAAUCUCAAGAACAACAAACAGAAAAACCAAAGGAGCCAUCUGAUGAAGUAACAGUCACAUCAACAGAGUUACCUAAAGAAGGCCACGACGAAACACGUACUGAAGAACCAGAUGUUGAAGUUACCAAAAUGGAAGAGACUACAAAGGAACCUGAAAUACAUAGGGUUGACGAAGAUCAGGCUACUACCGCCUUUGGUGUUCUUGUAACUGAUUACAAGAUGCCUACUGAGGAGCCAGGAAAACAAACUCAUGAAGAACCUGUAGAAACAUCAACAUCAGAAAUUUUACGUACAGAGACAACUGAAAAGUCUUCUAAUCAGCCUAAAUCAACUGAAGCAUCUGUAGUUGGAGUUACAGUGACAGAAUCACCAAUCUAUGAAACUCCUGAAACGGGAACUAAACAGCCAGAUAUCGCGGUUGAAAUCGAAACUGAGGAACAAGAAAUCUCUACGAAAUCUCCAUUAGACUAUGAACCUCAACAAACAACCACUUCAUUUGAAAGAAUACCUGAUCAAGAAACUCCCAUUGUUGAACAAGAAAAGACAGAAGCUCCAACUGUUGAAGGAACUACAGCUCCUGAAAUAUUAAUUACACCAGAAACUACAGAAGAAGCACCUGCUAAACUUCCUGAACGGUCUGGUGAUAAGGAAGACGAUUCAGCGAAAACGACAGUGAUUCCUGAUUUAGAAGAAACUAAAACAAAAGCUCCAGAGAUAUUAGACACCACGGAGACAAUUACUCGAAAAUCAGAUGAAUCUGAUGUUCAGACCACAGCAAGAAUUCCAAUGGAAGAAGGAAUUGCUCAACCACAUGUUACUGAACCACAAACAGAAGGUGUGACGGAAAUCACUGCACCACAGCCAUCUAUUCCAGAUAAAAUUUCAACUGAACAUACGCCGUCACAAGUGACUGAAAAGGAACUAAUAGAUAUUACCACUCACCAGGCGCCAGUUUCAGAAGAUGUCACAAAAUCAGAAACAGAAGAAAAAGAAGAAGUCACAACAGAGAAAACGGAAACUGAUCUUUCUUCAUUCCCCUCAUCUCAGCCAGAAAAAACAAUUACUGAAGCUCCUCAUUCUCUUGUUACUGAAAAAGCCACAAGUAUGGAAACAGUAACCGAAAGUAUACCAGAAAAGGAAACGGAAGUCACAGAUAAACAGGAACCUAUAACUGUAACACCAGCGCCUACUGUUGCUGUACCAGUUGAACAUAUUGUUACCGAUCAACAGGGAGGCAGUACAAAAACUCCGUUCAGCACAGAGGGAACAUCUCCUACUGAAGAUAAAGAAAGUUCUUACGAAACAGAAUCUCCGUCUGUACAGCCUCACGAAGUAACUACUAGUGUGCCAAUGUUGCAAUCAACAGCAGAAAAGGAAAUUACACCAAUAACUGACGUUAAACAACCUGCAAUAACGGAAGAAUAUGAAAUCAGCACGGAAGAACCUAAACUACCAGGUGAAGAUGAAUACACGCCCACUAAACAACAAGAAAUCGCAACAGAAGCUCCAGAAGUAUUUAGUACAGACGUUAUGCCAAGUGAACUGCCUACUGUUAUUCCGGAAAUGCCAACAGACGAAAAGACUACUACAAAACCAGAACAGGAAACUAUGUUAGAUACCGGCGAUAAGGUUUCGUCUGAAGCAACUGAAGGUCCCGAACACGAUACAGAGAUACCAGUUUCUUCAGCGGAAACGCAUGACAUAACCGAACCAACUAACGUUGAAAAGGAUACUACUACUAGAGGACCAGAAACUAGUGUCUCUGAACAGGAAUUGACAACGGCUUCUCCAAUCGAACUAACCACGAAAGAAAUUUUGAGAGAGAGACCCGAACCAACUAAACCAGAAGAAAUCAGCACAGAAGUGUCAGGUUUGUUCAGUACGGAAACAUCUCAAACACAAGGACCUGACACUGAAAAGGAAGAAACUCCUACACCAACAAUAACUGAGAUUCCAUCCAAAGAAAUAUACACAGAGUCACCAGCUACUCUUGUAACUUCUGAACCAGAUAAACCAGCGGGCAUAACUACAGAGCGUUCAGAAAUUCCAACAACAGAAAUGGAAACAGAACAUGAAGAAAAAGAGACAGAGCAAGCACAAAAGGUUACAGAACCAACUCAAGAACCAUCAACUGAAAAAUCUGAAGUGACAGAAGCAGAUUCGGAAGUUUUGGUUACUAAAGAACAGGAAUCUGCACCUGCAGAAUCACCAGAAACAACUAUAUCUCCUCUUGAAUUUAGUACAAAGAUGCCUGUAACGCAACCUACUGAGGACAAGGAAAUAAUGCCUCAAGAAACAAUUUCUACAUCUAAACCUGAAUCAGAUCAUUCUGAAACUACACCUUAUUUGGUGGAGUUAGAGGAGCAUACUCAUAAAAUUGAUGAAGAACUAUCUACUAGUUCACCAUUUGAAGAACCAACAACUCAACGACUUGAAGAAGGGUCUGAAGAACCUCAAGUGACUGGCGAAUCAACAGAAACAAUACCAAGUGACGAAAAACAAACUCAAAUACCACCUAUUGAAAGAGAUCAGCCUGAAAAAGAAGAAACUCCAGCAGGUACAGAGGGACCUCAGACUACACCGGCAUCUCCUGAGGAAACACCUGAAAGAAUAACUGAACCAUCGUUGCCAGAGAGUGAAACAACAACUGGAGUAAUUAGCUCAGUUCCAUCUGAGAAGCCCACACUCGAAGACAAGUAUGGUGUACCCGAACAAGAUAAAGAACAAGAAAGCACUACACCCACUGAAAUAUCUGAUGAUAAUGAGCAUAUUACAACUCCUGUUGAAAAAGACAAGCCUAUCGCAGAAAUUCCAUCUCAACCUGAAAAAGAUACUGCAGAAAAACCACAAGAUAUGCCUGUUGAAACCACUGCCCCUGAAGAAGAAUUUAUUCCUGUUACAACUGCGACUAAAAUUACAACAGCUAAAGUUGCAGAAGAAACUACAACUCAAUCCGCUGAACCAAUUGAUAAAUUUACCAAACCUGAGGAGAAACCCAGUGAAACAGUAUCAUCAACAUCUGCACCCGAAGUUUCCAAACCAGAUGAGUUACCACCCACCGACGAAGCACUUCCUCCAGAGGAGGAAAGUCACUUCCCGCCAUCUGGUAUGGGAGGUUAUAAUCAGGAACCAGACUACGGAGAAGAAGAUCAAGCGUUUGGACCUGGAACAUGCCGUUAUGGAGGAAAAGUUUAUGUGUCUGCGCAACAAAUCCCGAGAGACGAUCCUUGCGACUUCUGUUUCUGCUUCAGAAGUGAUAUUAUUUGUCUUCAACAAAGUUGUCCUCCGCCAAUUCAUGGUUGCCAUGAGGAGCCAAUCCAAGGUUUCUGCUGUCCUCGAUACGAAUGCCCUGUAUCGAUGGCUACAACGCUCAACGUCACUACGACAACCACGACAACGACGACCACGCUGCCGCCCCAUUUCUUGCCCCAUGCCUACAAGGGCGCGGCGCAAAGAAGAGGUUGCCAAAUAAAGGGACACACAUACAAGGUCGGAGAAGUAGUCCGCGCAUCUUCAGGACCAUGUCUUCAUUGCACAUGUGGAGGAGACGGUCAAAUGAAAUGUGAUCCCAAAGCGUGCACGCCGGAGCCGAUGUUAAGACAAAUGAUAGCGGCUGCUGUAUCCGCGAAGCGACGAAGGUGAAAUACCUCACACACCGCGCCAACUAACUCGUACUCGUCGUCAUCACAAAGAUAGGUCGUCACCUAUGUGAUAAUCUUUUCAUCUACUCUUCAAUGCACAAGAAUAAUGCUCAAAUUAUCCCGACGGAGUAGUAUAAGAUUUCGUGUCAUAUGUAGUAUUCGAUAUAUUUUUAUUAUACUUUUCAUAAAGUGUCGUGGCACGCACAACUUAAUAUUGCAUCAAUUAUGACUGUGAUUAAACUGUUAAAUAAUGAUUUCUAACCUGAAUUUAUACGAUUUAUCGAGUCUUCAAUUAAGGCUAAUUUAUUUAAUUAUUUAUCUUUGUAACAAAAAGUCAGUGCCAAACGGUAGUGCUAAGUUGUAAACGACUAUGCCUUUAUGAUAAAGAUGUUCAAAAUUUUGUGAAUGUCAUUAAAAGUAAUUUUUACUGACCAAAGUGAAGCUGUAUACCUACUCACAGUUAUAUAUCUAAAUAAAUUUAACGCGCACUCAAGCUUCGUAGGUCAUUAGAUCGCCGAAUUCUUGACCAUUUUAUAUGUAAACUUAAUUGUUUUACCGGUAUAAGUUUAGUCAAUUCUUUAUUUUUACACGAUGUUACAGUAAAACAUCUAGUAUCGUGUAAAUAUGAAGUAAGUUAUAAGGAUCCCUGAUGUUGUAAAUGCCUUACUUAAUUUGUAAUAAUUUAUAUAUUUUAGGUGUAUAGUACUUAAGCCAUGUUUUGAGACCAGUGACUAUUAUAAUUUAGAAGUAAAACGAAGGCCCAAUGUUAAAGAAAAGUGCCGGUCGACGCCUGCGCGGCCUUGGCCGGCGCUUUUCCGCUGCGCGUGCGCCGCAUGCCUUGCAGAAAGCGACCCUCAGCCGACUUGUUUUCUUCAACUCAUGAAGCGUACCAUUUUACUGGCACUUAUUUAGUGAUAGCUAGUGGCCGAUAUUUUAAAUCGUUUUGUAAAGAGUUUUACAAUAUGAUAAAUUGAUAAAAACAUAUUGUAGGAUCUUUUGUAACUUUUGAUAUUAAAGUGCUGGUAGAAUAUUAAAUAUAAAUAAACAGAUCGAGAUGGGUACGGAAGUCUGUUAGGACUUUGCGAUCGUUCUCUGGAUAGGAUACUUGCAUAAAAACGAUUGCAUUUAUUCGUACCGAUCUCCUCCUGUGAUUGCAGGUUGUAGUUAUAUUUCUUAUUUAUUUAAAGUUGUAGCAAUAGUAAUAAAAUUAUUGGUUAUAACCGUGGCGGUGAUGAACUCAAUUAAAAAAAAUACAAAAUUUCAAUCAAAGUAUUUAAUUGAAGUCUAUUUUUUUUCUUUUAAUUAUAUUUUACCGAGUCUAGCUACGGUUUAGCUGUCUGUGCAACUGUGCAAAUGAGUUUUAAAUAAAAUAUCUCAAAUGAA